AUUGGAGAAAGAAUUCCAUUUACCGUAGCAUUUAAGAGAAAUGUGGCUGUGGAGCCAGAUGGCUGCAUUCAGAGCUGGCGCUGCUAUUUACCACGUGACCCUGGACAAGCUUCUCACUUCAUUCAUGCCACAGUUUGUUCAGCUAUUAGGUGGAGGAGCUAUAAGGGGGAGAGGAACUUUGCUGAAAGGCACGUCCUCCCUACAGAGCUUGAAGAACAAUCUAACCAUGCUGGCAUGGGGCCCAUCCAACCUGUGAUGCCAGUUGUUGAUGGGAACCAUUUUCAGCAUCCUGCUGGUGACUGUCAUCCUUAUGGCAUUUUGUGUCUACAAGCCCAUUCGGCGUCGGUGACAGCCAGACAAACAAGUUCUUCAAUGAGUAUUUGGGAAUAGGAUAAGUUGUGUUGCACAUGGGCCAGUGGAGAAGUUGGAAUCAAAACUUUCCUACCUGGAAAUGACCUUUGGUCUGGACAGUUGGUAAACGCUAAAUGAUUUAGAAGAGAACAUCUACUAGCAAUUAUUUUUCCUAACACUGUAGUGCAAAUAAUUGGCCCCUCAGUUUGCUUCUCAGUGUUUCUUUUUCUGUCUGACUGUACUUGUUAAAAGUAAGGCCUGAAAGCUCCAAAGGUCAGUGUAAAGAUGGAGUGUUCAUUAGAAAGAAAACAUGGUAACCUUGUGAGUGCCUGUGAGAACCACACUGGAAAGAACUAACCAUUAAUGCUUGAGAAUGUUAAUAAGAGGGAGACUUACAAUGUAGACUUUCUCUAUUUAAGAACCAUUUGGUCACAACGGGUUAAGAAUCACCGAUGUUUUUUCUCACCUGAGUUGGCCUAGAAUGCUCUGGUUGCAAAGUGGUGUCAGCUGCGAGGAACUUGGGCCCUCGUUUCUCACCUGCAUCCAGCCCUGAACUCAGGUCCUCCCCCUGAAGGCAGAGUCACAUCAGGUAGACCUGUUACUACAUGCACAUUUGGCCUGGAAGUCUCUGAGGUUGGACUGGAAAUGUUACCAGGUUGGUCCCUCACAAAAAGGACUCUAUCCUGCUCAGACACAUUAAUCUCCCUUGCCCUGCCUUUGAGUCUUUCUAGCCCACGGUCUGAAACUUGAGGUAACUUUCCAGAUUUGGAAUCUAAAAGGCUCAGCAGGCGGUCUGUUCAUCCCUGGGUGGGGAGGGCCCAGCCAACAGAAAUGCAUGUCCACUGUGCGGGCCAGUGUGUGUUUACACAAAUUUCAUCUCAGCUUUGAAAAUGCUGCUAUUAGUUUGCACUGUUGGUGAACUGGAAUUUUUCCUCCUAUUCAAAUGAUACUUUCAUACUUAUAGAGUGGUCAUCAAUAUUUAUUUUAAGGUGCUAGAUUUAAUUUUGUUAUUACAUUGAAAUGCUUAUCUUGUGUUCAUUCAAGCACAGCACUGAUUUUAACAACCUGCAUUUAAUGUGAAAUAACUGAAAUAAGAUGUAACUGUUUAAGGAUUUUAUUUGUAAUCUUGUAACAUUGAGCCAUUGAAAUGUUCACUGUUCUCUGCUUUUGAGCAAAAUGUCAAUUAAAAUUAAAGUAAAAUCCUAUAUA